AUGACGCCCGCAUUUUCCAGACUUGUCCGCUUCCUGGCCAAGGACGGCCGGACCUACUACGGAGACGCGAUCCUGCCAUCGGGCGUGACGGACAUUGCGCAGGCCAAGCAGGCUCGCAUCGUGGUCGGCAAUGUGUUUGGCAAGCACGAGGUGACCGAUGAGGUUUCCGACAUCCGGCUGCUGCUGUCUCCGCUCGCUCCGGAGGAUGUGCGCACGGUCCGGUGUCUGGGCCUCAACUACGCCCUGCAUGCGAAGGAGUCGGGCAUGGCGCUGCCCAAGUUCCCGGUCUUGUUCUACAAGCCAGGCACGUCUCUGAGCGGUCCGACAGACCCGAUCCCGGUGCACGCGAUGGCGCAGAAGGGCGAGGGCCUCGACUACGAGUGCGAGCUGGUGAUUGUGAUUGGCAAAAAGUGCGCCGACGUGACGGAGGCUAACGCGCUCGAUCACGUGCUCGGCUAUGCCGUCGGCGACGACGUCUCGCACCGCGAGUGGCAGAUCAAGCUCGGCGGCGGCCAGUGGUCGCUCGGCAAGGGCUUCGACGGCUGGGCGCCGUGGGGACCCGGCAUCGUCAGCACCAGGCUCAUCCCCGACCCGCAGACGCUCGCGAUCUCGACGAAGCUCAACGGCCAGGUCGUGCAGGACAGCAACACGUCCGACAUGAUCUUCAACGUCCGCAAGACCAUUGCCUUUCUGAGCCAGGGCACCACCCUCCUGCCGGGCGACGUGAUCUUUACCGGAACGCCGUCGGGUGUUGGCAUGGGCCGGAAGCCACAGCUCUGGCUCAAGGACGGAGACGUGGUGGAGGUGUCGCUCGAGAAUGUCGGCACCUGCACCAACAAGGUCGAGUUUUCCUCCAGAGAUGUCGCCAAGCUGUAG